AUGCUCUUGGCCUCGUCACUCGACACACUUGGCGAAAUUACCACUUUGUCCCCGGGCUUCCAGUUGGCCGGGGUAGCUAUCUUGUGCUUGCACGCCCUCUGUAGGGAGUCUAGCACCCUGACCACUUCAUCCAUGUUACGCCCCGGCGCGAGACGGGACGUGGCCGCCGGAGGAAUCCUUCUCGUCGGGGUCGACCAUGUUGAGCUGCUCGAUGAUGUGGCGGUUUGGGUCCGCCGCGAUGGGAUAGGUGACCUUGGCGCCUUUGUUGUAGGCCUCGAUGUCCUGGAUCCACGUGUUGUGGGACUCCACGUCAUCACACGACAGCCCUAA